CUUAUUGGUCUGAAGGUUUUCGGGACUGUCUUAUUCCGUCUUCCGGCCUUUGGUAUAAAAAUAACUCUAGUUGGUCUCCAGUUUGUAGUAUUCGACUCGCCUUACAAAUCUCGGCAAUCGCUCUAGAGUCUAGCGCGUAAUUGGCUGUAUUCCACCUAUUCCCGGAGACAUGUGUGAUUCUGUAGUCCAUACUACCUUCGAUUUACUGCAUAUCGAGCAAUCAAGUUCCGGGGAUUCAAUCCAAGUCGCAUUUGAGCUUAACUGUUCUCCAGUAUAAUCCUGGUCCUCAUCUGUACUAGCCAUCUCAAACGCUUUUAAGAAAGCACGCGCGAAUCCCAUUGCGUGUGUCUGUGUUCUUAUCGUCCAUUAUGUCUAGCAUCCGUAUAGUUAACCAGGUUAUCAUCCCACAGCAGCAGUUGCGUGCUUGAGAUUUGCUAAAGAUAAGAAGAUGGUGAUUUGCGCCCUGUUAGCACAAACUUCACCUUGCGACACAAGCACAAGUUAGGUAACAAUGAAAUAAUAAAGUUUUUUAAUAUUUAUACUAAGUGAAAACAAAAAACGGAGUUUGAAGUUCGAAGUUUGAGCAGAGUAGAGAGCAAACUCCUAGAGUUUUGACACAAACGUAAAACGUUUGACCAACAGUCAUACUGCUGGACAAAAAUUGUUCAUUACUUGGAGGAAUCCAAAAUACUUGAAUAGUCGUUUAUCUUCUUCAUUGGAGAGCUUCAGGCUUACAGUAAAAUACCAAAUAUCUCACUGCCCAGCGGUCUACUCCAGCAAUAAAAAUGUCAGUUAUAAUAAAAAACUAUUCUCGCCACGCGCAAUGACAGUGCAUUUUAUUAGGACAGCCGUUCCAAAUUACUCUACACCCGUCAAUCAGUGGAUACGUAUUUCAUAGUCAUCGUAUAUCCAUUGUGAGGAAGCUUCUGCUGAUAACGGAAAGACGCCCGACUUGAAACAAUUCGCACGGUAUCUUGUAUGAGACACCAAACGAGUUUCACAGGAAGCCAGUUAACAACCGGCUACACAAUAGGACAGAUCGUUUUUUACCUCUCAGAAGAUCAUGUCAGUUUCAAAUCACAUCAACGUCCCAAGUUAUCUGGACGAUGAACUUGUGAGAAAAUCGCUAAGCAACGAGUUCCCCAGUAAGGACUUGAAGGUAGAGAGUUUGGACAUUUCACCAGCAACAUCAAGUGGGGAUAACUAUUUGAGUGAUGUAUUUCGCAUUCAUGUUAAAUUCCGCACCUCACCAACGGAUUCAACGACGCAGCAAAUAUCCUUGGUGGUAAAAUGCUUACCUAAUACCGGCAAUCGGGGAUCAGUCAUCGAGGAGAUGAUCGUCUACGAAAAAGAGGUGGAAAUGUUUUUGAAUGUUAUACCACAGCUGUCGAAAAUCGCGAACAAUGAAUUUUUCGCCGCCAAGUGCUACUAUGCCACGCGUAUUCCGGAGCGGAUGCUGAUAUUCCACGAUCUCAAAUCGCUGAACUACACCAUGGCCGAUCGUCACGCCGGUUUGGACUUCGACCAUUGCGCGUUGAUUAUGAGAAAAAUUGGAAAAUUUCACGCCGCGUCGAUGCCGUUUAGCGAGCGUAACAUGGAUCUGAUGAACAAGUACUUCUACUUUAGCUUAUUUAAUCCAUCCGAAGAGAAACAAACCGACUGCAUUAAUGUACUUUUUGAAAAAGGUUUGGCAACUCUCAUUGAAGUGGCUGAAAGCAAUUGGAAGGGUUUUGAUCCAAAAAUAACAGCAAAACUUAAGAAACUACUACCCACUUACAUAUCAAAAUUAGAAGCAUGUUUAACGCAAAAAUUUAACGAUGGAUUUAAGGUGCUGAAUCAUGCAGACUUAUGGUGCAAUAAUAUGCUCUUCAAGUACAAUGAACAGAUAGGAAAAAUUGAAGAUGUAGCUUUCGUUGAUUAUCAGCUUUGCUUCUAUUCAAGCCCUGGAGUGGAUCUCAACUAUGCCAUCGCCAAUUGUCCUAAUUUGGAGACUCGCGAUAGAUCCGACGAGCUAAUCGCUAUCUAUCAUCAAGCACUAAGUGAAACAUUAAAAUCUGUAGGUUAUGCGCAAAUUCCGUCCCUGGCUGACGUGUACCACGAAAUUCGGAGAAUGGAAUUUUUCGCUUUGGUUUCGGUCGUUUCGGUUCUUCCAGUCGUGAUGAUGGAGAAGACAGAUUCGGUUGAAGCCAGUUUCGAGGCAUUCUACGACGAAGAUCAAGCGGAAAAAUUUCGCCGGAUACAGUACAGUGGUAAAAGGUUCCAGGCGAUAGCGAAGCCUAUGCUGGAGCAAUUUGAUAGGAGAAAUUUGCUGGAUGUAUAGUUUCGAAGUUGAGGGUCCUGUUCUUACAGUAAACUCACUUAUCAAAGCGAUUCUAGAACUGCUUGAUGACUCUGAGAAUCACAAAUUUGAUUCACAAUGUUUGACUGUUAGAUUAAGGGCCAGGAGAUUGUAAGCAAUAAACAGUAGUUUUUUGUCAAA